AAACUUCCUUCGAAAAAUUCUACUUCCUCUUAGCCUCUUUUUGUGACAAACUUCCUGGCUAAGUGAGCCAUGGGCAAGUUUAUGAAAUCGGGGAAGGUGGUGCUGGUCUUGGGUGGCCGAUUUGCGGGACGCAAGGCCAUUAUUGUCAAGAACUAUGAUGAAGGAACGCAGGAUAAAUCCUACAGCCAUGCCCUAGUCGCUGGAAUUGAGCGGUAUCCCCGCAAGGUGACGAGAAGGAUGGGCAAGAAGAAGAUCAAGAACCGAUCUAAGAUCAAGACCUUCCUGCGUGUCUACAACUACAAUCAUCUCAUGCCCACACGAUACUCUGUUGAUGUGAACCUGGAAAAGAACUUGGUAAACAAAGAUGCGUUCAGAGACCCAGCUCUAAAGAAGAAGGCGAGGAGAGAAGUGAAGGCCAAGUUUGAGGAAAGAUACAAGAGUGGCAAGAACAGAUGGUUCUUUCAGAAACUGAGGUUCUAAUACACAAGACAUUUAAAUUAAAAAAUUAAAUUAAAAAAAAACAAAAAAAUUAUAAAAACAA